AGGUCUUCGCCUGCGACUGGGCGAGGACGACCUGCAGCGCCGCGAGGGGACGGAGCAGGAACGUCGCGUGGCUCUGGCCAUUCCUCACCCCAACUUCAACCCUUCCACCUUGGCCAACGACCUUCUGCUCCUCAAGAUGGACAGAAGUGCCAACAUCGGCCGCGCCGUGCGACCCUUGGCUCUGCCGCGUUCCUGCGCCGCGCCCGGAGCUUCCUGUCUCCUCUCGGGGUGGGGAACGGUCACCACGCCCCAAG